GUAGCCCCUCCCCCCCUGGGCCCCGCCCUGCAGGAGUUGGGGGCGGAGCUUCGGGGCCGCGGGGGCGGAGCCACGACCGAGGCCAAUCUGCCGCGGCUGCUGAGACAGCGCGAAUGGGGGCGGAGCUUCGGGAGGGCGGAGCAAUCGCAGCUGAGAGCGCAUUUCCUGCCCAAUCACGAGCRGUGGCUGCAGCCCCACCCCCAGAAGGUUUUCUGCGCCGUUUUCUCCUCCUGCGGCCGCCGAUUGCUCAGCGCCUGCCAGGACCACACGCUCCGCCUGUGGGAGGUGUCGGGGGCGGGGCUGCGGCUCCUCCGCGCCACCAGGGGGCGCAACGUGGGCUGGAGCGUCCUGGACGUGGCGCUGACCCCGGACGGGACCCAGGGGCUCUACUGCAGCUGGUCCAGCUACGUUCACGUCUUUGAUUUGUUCGGGGACGGCGACGCCCACACAGCGCUGGACUUCCGGCCGGACGAGCGCCGCUUUGCCGUGUUCUCAUUGGCUGUCGGCCCCGAGGGGCGGGAAAUUGUGGGCGGAGCCAACGACGGCUGCGUUUACGUCUACGACCGCGAGGCGCAGAGGAGAGUGCUCAAGUACUGGUUUAUACUGGUCCAUACUGGUCUAUACUGGUUUAUACUGGUCUAUACUGGUUUAUACUGGCAGGGGGACGGCCGUUACGUGGUGUCCAACUCCAAGGACCAAUCCGCGAAGCUCUGGGACCUGCGGCGCCCCUCGGGGCCGGCGGCCAUCGCGGCCGCGCGCCGCGCCGUGGCCCGGCAGAGCUGGGAUUACCGCUGGCAGNUCACCCCAAAAAAAGCCCGCCGGGCCACGCCCCUUCCGGGCGACGCCUCAUUGGUCACUUUCCGGGGUCACGUGGUCCUGCACACGCUGCUCCGCUGCCGAUUGGCCCCGCCCGGCCACGCCCCCGCCCUGGCGGCCGGAAGUGCCGAGGGGGCGGUGCUUGUCUAUGACGUCAUGACGGGGCGGCCCCUGCGGCGUUUGACCAAUCACAGCGCCUGCGUCCGUGACGUCAGCUGGAGCCCCCGGGGGGCGGGGCUUGCCACCGCUUCGUGGGACGGCACCGUCCGGCUCUGGGAUUAUCGCGACAGCGAUGACGAGGAGGAGGGGGCGGGGCCUGGGAAAGGGGCGGGGCCUGGAGGGGGUGGGGGGCACGCCCACUGACCCAGACCACGCCCC